CUAUAUGUUUUUCGAGUUCUGACAAAAUCUUCUUCGCUUCGAGUUGUAGAGGAAGCAAACAAAGAUGAACUAGAACUACUCAGUGUGACACGUUUUGCUAACAAUAAAACCGGAAUUCGUCAACUUCUAGAAGAAGCACUUGUUGCAGAGCUAGACUGGAAGUUUGAAAUAUAAUAUCGCAAAAUGGAAGCUAUUUCGACAGUCUCUGGACUAAUACUCUGAUGAUUCUGCAUUAUAUGGAAAACUUCUACUACAAUAUCGUAACAGAGAACUUGACAGUUUACUACGAGUUUCUUAGAAGAUUAAAGCCAUCGCCAGAAACACAGGUCUCUGGUGGUGGGGCCACUAGUCAAGCGCGCGAAAGAAGGGGAAAACAGUGGAGUAGAGUCGGAAACAAGGCGGGUUUUGUUAAGUUAUUCUUUCGAAGUGAACAUUACCAAUGGGCGUCCAAUAUGUUUGUUAUCGUGAACAGGACAAGUCAAUCCGCCCUUGCUUAUACUGGAACACUCGGCUCUCAGUUUGGCAGUGGAGCAGUUUCGGAAUUAGGGCCGCUGAACGAUUUUAAGGAAUUCAGAAGACGCACGCUGCUUUCCAGCCAAUACGAGUUUGCCACCCAUAGGCUCUUCCCUAUGAUCUCAAUGAAGGAAAAUAAGAUCAAGUUCGCCUACUCAAAUGUUGGCGGUAGUACUCUGUUCACUAGGGCGCUCCCACGCCUUUUUUAUGUUAUGACUCUCGGUGGACUAUCAGUCCCAUUAGAGAAGAUUUUGGUUUCUCCGAUGGCUUUUCCUCGAGUGAGCGAUGAUUCCGCUGUGUGGGAUGGUUCAACAUACAAAGGAAUGAUCUUUUUGGAUGGAAUUGACUUUCUGGUGAGCAUUUUUUUCAUAUUUGCAUUGUCAUUUUCUGUCAUUUUUGCUUUUACAAAAAACUUAUUUUGUAUCGGUCUCAAAAACUUUAUCGUGUCCUCUCAGAAGAAAACGAAUUCACGGUAA